AUGGACGUAAGAAAUCGCUACAGGACAUUCCAGCUAUGUGCUCAGCACCGACACUCAUUCCUCCCGAGUUAUCCAGGAUUAUAUGCAGGCUUCAGACCAUACACCGCCGGCCCAGAGCCUCAGCCGUCCACAACGACCACUCCUCCUAGUCCCUCCAAAGGUCGAUUCGCAGCCUACAGACAGGCACUGAAUGCCCUAGCAGAGCGUACGCGCACCCCUCUACCCUCGCUGAUAUUCUCCUUCGCGGUGCUGCACGAGCUGACCGCGAUCGUCCCGUUCGCGGGCAUCUUCCUUGCCAUGCGCACGCUCAACGUCGGCGAGCGCGUGCUCAAGUCGUUCCCGAACAAGUUCAUGGAUGAAGCUGCCUUUCGUGCGCCUCACGACACGCCGCCCGAGGAGCUGCCGGACUUCUGGGUGAGGCUGAGGAGGCGGUGGUGGCUCGAGGGCAGGCUCAUGGCAGAGCGUGUGGGCAGGCGUUAUGGGAUCUUUGGUUUCUCAAAGAAUGGCACAGAGGGUGACGGCGUUCACCCUGAUGUGGCCUCCCGACAGGAGCCGGUGCUGAAGAAAGCAGUACCCGAUAUUCUCAACUUCUCGAUUGCAUAUCUCGUAACGAAGUCAUUGCUUCCUGUGCGCGUCGGUCUUUGCUUGUACUGGUCCCCUCCGUUCUCCCGCCGGGUCAUAGAGCCUACACGGAUGGCGAUCAUGCGACUCGUCCGUCGCGCCUCCACAUGUCAAUCGCGCGCCCGCCUAUAG